AUGAUGCAAGAUGCAGUAAUAAUCAAUAUUGAUUCAUCAGCCAAUGCUCCCGUAGCUCCAAAUGAGAUCCCAAAUGGUGGCUCAAUUCAAACUAUGUGGCCUUCAUUGAAUCUACUGUCAAGAGAAAACCGAAGCAACUAUCUCAGCACAUGUGUGGCCCUUCAUAAGGCUGCAUUAAAAGGUGACUGGGGAAUGGCUAACCAUAUUUUUGGACAAUAUCCUCGAUCAAUUUUGUGUGCCAGUAUAACAAGGGGAAACCAAACUGUUCUGCAUAUUGCAACAGCAACAAGACAAACUAGCUUUGUAGAGGAGUUGGUAAAAUUGAUGGAACCAGAAGAAUUGAUGCUGCAAGAUGAAAAUGGGAACUCUGCGUUUUGUUUUGCUGCUGCAGUUGGAGCGAUACAAAUUGCCAAGAUAAUGUUGAUGAAAAAUCCUCGUCUUCUAACAAUCCGAGGCUGUGAAAAUAUGAUCCCACUUCAUAUAGCCGCUGUGUUUGCUCAGGGAGAUAUGGCGUCUUUUUUAUACGGUGAAACUAAAGAUAUGUUGAAAGAAAAGGACCGAAUUGCUGUAUUGUUCACCUUUAUCAAUACUGGUUUCUUCGAUCUAGCGUUGGAAAUGCUCAAAGAUCAUCCAGAACUUGCUGUGGGUCGUGACAGGAAUUCUGAAACAGCUUUGCAUGUUUUGGCUCGAAUGCCUUCAACUUUUGCCGGCAGAAAUGGAGGAUUCUUGAAGGGGCUUAUCACCUUAAUACCAGGAUUGAAAUUCAUGUCUCGCAAGGAGUUGAUAUCAACUCAAGCUCUUCAAAUAGUCAGAUGUCUUUGGGAAGAAAUAUUAAAACGAGACGACUCGGAGCUUACGAAACUAAUCGGAACACCUUCACAAUUGCUGUUUGAUGCAGCUAAAUUGGGGAACUUCGAAUUCCUGGCAGAGCUCAUUUGCCGUUAUCCUGAUGUGGUAUAUGAACUGGAUGACAAUAAUCAUAGCAUAUUUCACAUUGCUAUUUUGCACCGUCAUGCCAAUAUAUUCAAUCUAAUAUACGAGACAGCCUUCACAAAGGAAUUAAUGGGCAACUUUGAAGAUAAUAACCAGAAUAACAUAUUGCAUUUGGUUGCAAAAUACCCAGACUCCAACCGAGUCAGCAUCGUAUCCGGAGCAGCUCUACAGAUGCAGCGAGAACUGUUAUGGUUUAAGGAGAUUGAAAAGAUAGUUCAACCCUCGCUUAGAGAGAAAAAAAAUUCAGAAGGCAAAACACCUCAAGAGAUUUUCACCGAAGAGCACAAAGAGUUAUUGAAAAAUGGAGAAUUGUGGAUGAAAAAGACAGCUGAGUCUUGCAUGGUUGUGGCAACACUGAUUACCACUAUGAUGUUCGCAGCAGCCUUCAGUGUUCCGGGUGGUAACGAUAAUAAUAUAGGAACUCCGAUUUAUCUAAGAGAGUCUUUGUUUCAGGUUUUCGCUUUGUCAGAUGCAAUCGCAUUAUCCUCCUCCACAAUCUCGAUUCUGAUGUUUCUGUAUAUCCUUACAUCACGCUAUGCAGAAGAUGAUUUUGUCAAGUCCUUGCCCCUUAAGCUGAUGGUUGGACUCUCAACACUGUUCGUAUCUAUAAUUAGCAUGAUGGUGGGUUUUAGCACAACAUUCUUCUUAGCUUAUCAUGACAGAUUAAACUGCUUCACCAUUCUUACUGCUGUACUAGCUUCUGUACCGGAAUUUGCAAUCAACUACCAAGAAGGGGCAUACAGAUUCCAUGAUGCGUAUAGAUUCCGAGUGCAUAUGUCACUUCGGACGAAGAUAGACAUUGUGACUAUACUGAGGAAUAAACUAACAUUUACUCAGAGAGGUAUUUUUCGGACAACCUGUUUUGGGCACUUUUUAGAUUUGGCAGAGCCACGGUUUAGUGCUAUUUUCAUACAAUCGAUGUUACUUCGGAUAAUUAACCGCGAGAAUCCAAAAAAAGAAAUGUGGUUCAAAAUAAAUGGUGUUGAGUUUCGAUUCAACCCUGUAGAGUUUACGCUAGUCAAUGGUCUAAUUUUCGGGGAGGACAUUGAUGUGUCCAACUAUGUUGAUUACACAGGAGUGCCUCGAUUGAGAGAGGAAUACUUCCCUCGCCUUCACAAGUUGUUAUCCCAUGAGGAGAUCGAGCAAGCAGUUGGCAAUCAAAUAUGA